CUUUUACUUCACACAGUCCGCCUCCUUUUCGAUGUUGCGCGAUCCCAUGCAACAUAUCAUUUCGAACUCCUCUCUUCUUGUCUAGAAUACCUCGUUCAAUCAAUUCUUUCCAUAUUCUUGGAUCUUUUCUUUUUUUUUUGCCCCCAUAGGUCGGACGCUGGUCGCCCAGCAUGGGAGCCUCUCUAACAAGCUCCUCUGCCAAUCGGUCGAGGAUCACAGAGUACCUGCUGCAACGUGUCGAGCCAUGGCCGCUGUUGCACAGCAUUCUGGUUGAAAAGGACUCUCGCCGGAUCUUCUAUUUCAUGCUGCUCAAUUUCGGAUUCAUGCUUGUCCAAACGUUCUACGGCCUCGCGACGGGUUCCCUGGGCCUUCUCAGUGACAGUAUACACAUGUUUUUCGACUGCUUAGCAUUAGUUCUCGGUCUCUGCGCGUCGGUCAUGAGCAAAUGGCCCCCGAGCAUGCGUUUUCCAUAUGGUUUUGGCAAGAUGGACGCAUUAUCCGGCUUCGCAAACGGUAUCUUUCUCAUGCUUAUAAGUAUCGAGAUUGUCUACGAAGCCAUCGAGCGACUGGUUGAAGGAAGCAAAAUCCAGCGGAUAGGCGAGUUGCUGACUAUCAGCGUCCUGGGAUUAAUCGUCAAUCUGGUCGGCAUAUUCGCAUUCGAACAUGGGCAUCACCACCACGGUCACGGCCAUUCCCACGGGCAUAGUCAUGGGCAUAGUCAUGGACACGCACACGCACACGACCAUGGGCAUUCUCAUAGUCAUAGCCACAGUCACAGCCAUAGCGACCACGACCACCAUCACCAUCACCACCACGGAGAACAUUCUUGCGGAUCUGGGUUGGAUAUUUCGCCUUCCCAUGGCCACGGACACGACCACGGACACAGUCACGGCCACGGCCAUAACCACCACGGCAGCGAAAAUAUGCACGGAAUUUUCCUUCACAUCCUCGCAGACACUCUCGGCUCUGUCGCUGUCGUCAUAUCAACGCUGCUCGUCCAUUUCUACAAUUGGUCUGGCUUCGAUCCUAUCGCAUCUUGCUUCAUUGCAGUUCUCAUCUUCGCCUCCGCCGUUCCUCUUGUGAGUAGCUGCGCCAGCGCUCUCCUUCUAACCGUACCACAGGACGCGGAAUACGGGCUGCGCGAGACGCUUUCAGAUAUCAGCGGCUUAAGAGGUGUCGUUGGAUAUAGUGUCCCCAAGUUUUGGCUCGAGGAGCGAGUUACGGCCGAUCCUGAUGCUCAUGGGCAUUCCCAUGGCUCUCCUGAGAAAGACCAUGAUCAUAGCUCGCCGAGAAUUCUCGGUGUCAUGCAUGUGAUAGCCGCCCGUACUGCAGAUACUGAGGACGUGCGGGAGCGCGUUACCCAAUUUCUCGCUGAACGGCACAUGGAGGUUGUGGUGCAGGUAGAGAAGACAGGCGACAGUAGAUGCUGGUGUGGCGGCGGGCUCAAGACUGGCUGAUAAUCGUGUGACGAGAGGAUCGUCUUUGAACGUCGAAAUGGUUUCGCAAGCCCGAAGACGCGAGCUGGACUCUAGGGCCCUUGCUUAUAUUUGACGGAUGCUUUGUUUCUUUCCGCAUGCCGUUUAUUUUCGGAACUUUUUCCUGCAUAUGCUCGUUAAUUUCCUACAAGUUUACAUGCAUCUAUUGACGCGCAAAAGAAGGCGUUGACGGCGGGAAAACUUUGAUUUUUUCGGACGGUUUAUUGAUGACAUCGCUGGCAACAUUGCAAUUUCUUUUUCAAAUAUGCAAAGAAUCGUUUGUUUUCUUUUAUACAAUACACUUGGACGCUCUGUAUUUAGGUCUUGCAUCCAAUGACGAUGGUCGAUCACUCAGUACGAUUGAAGGCAUAUAAGAGUGGAAUAU